UGAGGAAAAAAGGGAGUUGUAUUUUGGACAAACAAGAAGGCCUACCUGCUUUAUAGUUCAUGGGAUCGGUGCCCAUGGAAUUUGGGUAGCUGCUCUUCUUUUCUCUCUGCCACACUGUAAAGAUAAAGAAAGAAAGAACCCACUGAAUUCAGGGUACCCAAAAAAGGGACGGCAAAGACAAAUCCUCUGCAAUCAAACAAAGCCUAUUAUCACUUCCCCUGCGCCUUUUCAGCCGGCCGUUUCAAAUCAAACCUCAUCCUCACACCACAGACUGAAAUCAGUAGUGAUUCACUCAACUACCCACAUGGAAGCAGCUCAGCUUGACAACAACAACAAGAAGUCCCAUUCCCAACAACAAAUGCAACCCGACGCCGGCGGCAGCGGCGGCGAUGCUGCAGUUCCCAGUCAGGGCAAAGCGGCAGGGCUCAACCGCUACGCUCUCGCCUGCGCUCUUCUCGCCUCCACCAACUCCACCCUCUUAGGCUACGAUAUUGGUGUGAUGAGCGGGGCUGUCCUUUUCAUCAAAGAGAAUCUGAAAAUCUCGUCUGUGCAAGUGGAGAUUCUCGUCGGCGUGCUGAACAUUUGCUCGCUGUUCGGCUCGCUGGCCUCCGGCAAGACUUCGGAUUACAUCGGCAGGCGGAAGACCAUCGUCUUAGCAGCGACCACGUUCCUAAUCGGCGCGGUUCUGAUGGGCUUCGCACCUUCCUACCCUUUCCUCCUCGCCGGCAGAGUCGUCGCCGGAAUUGGAGUCGGAUACUCCCUCAUGAUCGCUCCAGUCUACACCGCCGAGCUGUCCCCGGCCAUGAAUCGCGGAUUCCUCACCUCCCUCCCUGAGGUUUUCAUCGUAAUCGGGAUUCUCGUAGGCUACAUCGUCAACUACGCUCUCUCGGGCCUUCCGUCGAACAUAAACUGGAGAAUCAUGCUGGGUUUAGCCGCGGUCCCCUCUUUAGUCAUCGGUUUCGGCGUCAUGGCCAUGCCGGAAUCCCCUCGCUGGCUCGUGAUGCAAGGGAAACCGGACGAGGCGAAAAGGGUUCUCAUCCGAAUCUCGAAUUCCCCCCAAGAGGCCGAGCUCCGGCUCCAGGAGAUAACCGAUUCAGCGUCAAGGGAAUUUCAAUUUCUUCACAGCGGCAUUUCAUCGAACACCUGGCGGGGGCAGGGAGUCUGGAAGGAGCUGCUCUUCAAACCUUCCAAACCCGUCCGCCGGAUGCUCGUCGCCGCCGUCGGGAUCAACUUCUUCAUGCAGGCGUCAGGGAACGACGCCGUGAUCUACUACACACCGGAGGUCUUCCGCGCCGCCGGGAUCCACAACAAGCGGCAGCUCUUCGGCGUGAACGUCAUAAUGGGACUCUCCAAAGCUGCCUUCGUGAUGGUGUCCGCGUUCUACCUGGACCGAUUCGGCAGGCGGCCGCUUCUCUUACUGGGCUCGACCGGAAUGGCCCUGUCGUUAUUCAUACUGGGCCUGGGCUCGAAAAUCCUUCAGCACUCCGACUCCAAGCCGUUAUGGGCCGUCACGAUGUGCAUAGUGGCCGUGUGCGGGUUCGUCUCGUUCUUCUCAAUCGGGCUCGGGCCCAUCACAUGGGUCUACUCCUCCGAGAUUUUCCCCUUGAGGUUGCGAGCCCAGGGAUCGGGGCUCGCGAUCUCGGUGAACCGGUUGGUUAGUGGGGUCGUUUCGAUGACGUUUCUGACCGUUUCGAUGAAGAUAAGUUUCGGAGGGAUGUUCUUCGUGCUAGGUGGGAUAAUGGUGGUCGGGACGGUUUUCUUCUAUGUGGUGAUGCCGGAGACCAAAGGGAAGAGCUUGGAGGAGAUCCAAUUCCUAUUUCAGGGCAAGGAGGGAGGUGACGUGGAGAGGAAGGAAGUGAGAAGGGUAGAUUUGGAAUUGACCUAGAAUGGUCAUUUUGGUGUCUAAAAGUUCCCACCUUUUGUAACAACUAGAUGGGUAUUAUAAUGGGUAGUUGAAGUUUGGUUAGGUUUGUGACUAAUGAAGAAGUGGGUAUUUUGUGGGACUAGCUAGGGUUAGAGUGACUUGAUGGGCUAGGUUUGACAGUUUGGUGUGCAUGGAUUAUGAUGUGUAGUUGUAAAUUGGUUGUUGUGUAAAUGACUCUAUAGUGUUGAAUUUGAUAGGUGUAUAACAAAUGUUUGG